UAAUAAUAAUAAUAAUGUCGUCCUUCUCUCUUCUUUUAUCUAUUCGUGUGUAUCGUUGAAUCAAAAAUCCAUUCUUUGACCCGUCUCUCUCUCUCUUCCUUUUUUGCCGCCGUUGCAGAAGGAGAUGCUCUAUAUCGUCCUCUGAAAUUGCUGGUUACAAUCACAGUUUAAAUACUUCAUCCGUAUCACCCUUUUCGCACUUCUUCUUCUUCUUCAGUCGCCCCCCUCAAAAACCAACAAUUUCAAACUCUCUCGUCAUUCAUUGCCGCACCAACACACGCCCAGAUCUUCGCCGAACCCAAUCACCCAGAUCCUACGGACUCGAUCCCUCCUCUUACUCUCUCAUUCAUCAACUGCUACACCAAAGACUGUGAUACAUGGAACAGAACGGUAAUAUGAGAAGUAGGACGACUAGGGUUACUUAUCCUCAAGAAAACAGAUGCGUCAGCCCAUCAUCAUCAUCAACCAUUGAAGAUGAAUUUGAUCCAUGGACGGCUUGGGCAUACAGACCUCACACAAUAUCUCUACUGCUUAUUGGUGCAUGUUUUCUUGUUUGGGCAAGUGGAGCUCUUGACCCAGGAAGUGGUUCAUUAGGAGAUGUUGUUACUUCAGUUAAAAGGGGUAUAUGGGCAAUGAUUGCAGUAUAUCUUGCUUAUUCCUUGCUGCAAGCCCCAUCAACAUUACUGAUUAGACCACACCCAGCAAUUUGGCGUCUGGUUCAUGGCAUGGCUGUUAUUUACCUUGUCGCUCUAAGUUUUCUUCUUUUCCAGAGUCGUGAUGAUGCUAGGCAAUUCAUGAAGUUUCUACAUCCUGAUCUUGGUGUUGAACUCCCUGAAAGAUCCUAUGGUUCUGACUGUCGGAUAUAUAUUGCUGAGAAUCCCACAAACAGGUUUAAGAAUGUUUAUGAGACAAUUUUUGAUGAGUUUGUUCUGGCUCAUAUUCUGGGGUGGUGGGGUAAAGCUAUAAUGAUCCGCAAUCAACCUCUUCUUUGGGCACUCUCAAUAAGUUUCGAGUCGAUGGAGCUUACCUUCCGCCACAUGUUGCCUAAUUUCAAUGAGUGCUGGUGGGAUAGCAUCAUCCUCGAUGUGCUUAUUUGCAACUGGUUUGGUAUCUGGGCUGGAAUGUACACUGUUCGAUAUUUCGAUGGAAGAACAUACGAAUGGGUUGGUAUAAGUAGGCAACCUAACAUUAUGGGGAAGGUUAGACGAACAUUAGGUCAAUUUACACCAGCCCAGUGGGAUAAAGACGAGUGGCAUCCCCUACUUGGCCCUUUGCGGUUCAUACAAGUUCUUUUCUUAUGUAUUAGCUUCUUAACAGUGGAGCUUAACACAUUCUUUCUCAAGUUUUGUCUUUGGAUUCCUCCAAGAAAUCCACUCAUCGUCUAUAGAUUGAUCUUGUGGUGGCUAAUUGCAAUCCCAGCCAUCCGUGAAUACAAUUCCUACCUGCAGGACAGAAAAUCGGUAAAGAAGGUUGGUGCUUUCUGUUGGCUUUCUCUGGCAAUCUGCAUAGUUGAAUUGCUCAUCUGCAUCAAAUUUGGAAAUGGGCUGUUUCCGAAACGAAUGCCCGUUUGGUUAGUGAUAUUCUGGACGUCUGUUGGAACAGUGCUCGCGGUGUUCUUAGUUGUAUGGUCGUGGCAUCUUAACCGUUCUUUGGGAAGAAAGAGGAAAUGAUUUUCUAAUUCCACAUUCUUUGGGUACGUAGUGAAUGAUGAUUCUUGUUGUAAAUACUUUCUUUAGUUUUUUUAUUGAGUUGUAGAAUAUUUUCAUUUUAUAACCUUAAAUGGUAGAAUUCUUUC